CCAGACCUCCUCGAGCCCCAUAUCCUCCGUUCUCUCAGCAAUAUCGAAAUUGCUUCCAUACACGCGUCAUGUUGCAGGUGUCGAUUCGUGCAAGCGGCAUGUGGACGUAGUCAUUCCUUGUUAGUAGGCGACGAUGGACAGGUCUGGUCUGCGGGUGCCAAUAACUUGGGUCAGUGCGGACAUCCAGUCACUGCGCGGUCCACUUUCGAAGCCAUUGAAGGGCCUUUUCUCGAUGGUGAAAGACUGCACGUCAUCAAGGCAGCAGUGGGCAUAACAUUUUCCAUUAUACUUACCGAUGACUCGGGCAAAGGUACGUACCCCUUAACGUAUUCUGGUAGGACAGGAGAACACAUCAUUACCGGAAACAAGACAGCGUUUGACAUCGAGACGGAGCCUGUACCCGUGAAAGGACUUGACGAAAAGACUAUCAUAGACAUUGCGUGCGGACCGCAGCACAGUGUAGCCCUCGACUCCCAAGGCCUCGUGUACGUGUGGGGUUAUAACGGCUACUGUCAGCUUGGUCUGGGCAACCAACAGGACGUCCUCAUCCCUAAAGUAGUUCCAAAUUUUGCCGGACCGAAUGAAAUACCAAUGGGCGCUCAUAUCAUCGCCGGCCCUUCUGACGACCUCAUCGGUCUCAUCUACAGCUGGAUGCGGAAGACACCACGCGGAUCUCCAAGCCGAAACCUCUCGCUCAUUUCACCAAUUACUUUCCUAACCUUAUCGUAUGCCACAUCACUUUGA